AUGCAUACAAAGCGUCUUCCGCCGCCUCGACUGCAGUUCUACUGGCCCAACAAUUCCAGGACUUUAACCCCAGCUUAUGAUCUGGGUGUGCUCUACUAUAACCAAGAUAGGAUCGACGAGGCGAUACCGCUAAUAGACCGAGCCCUGGAGGGAUAUGAACGAACGCGAGGUGACGAGGACAAGGUGACGAUCCACGCAUUGGAGAAUUUAGUGACAGUGUAUGCGUCAAAGGGGCAAUAUCCGGCGGCUGAAGCAAUCUUGAAGCGAGUGGUGCAAGGCUACGAGAAGCUCCAUUGUAUCGGACCAUGA